AUGAAGAAGUACGAGCAUUUACAUGAUGAGAUGAGCUAUGUGCAAAGCCACUGCGAAAAAGACUAUGGGAGUGUGAACUUCGAUGAAGAGCAAGGGAAAGCAUUGAUCUACGAGACGCGCGGCGAUGAGGAGAAAAGGACUGUAGCGGCCAGUGUGCCUUCUCGGCAGCAAAAUGUCCUUUACAGAAUCACAAUAGCCAUCGUUUUACUGCUGACAUUGCAUCGUGUUAUGUAUGUCUGGUUAGCCGACUCAUCAUCUGAGCACGAAUGCGGAAAUGGGUUGACGAUUGAGGAGCGCGCAACGAAGAUAUUGAAGCACACCCCACUCAUUGACGGGCAUAAUGACCUAAUGAUAUUCAUCACGGGAAGUUUCCAAAACCACAUAUAUAAAAAAGAAUUCGCCGAUAAGUUUGAACAAGGCGGACUUGCCCAGCAUGUUGAUAUACCCCGUCUGGAAAAGGGACUCCAGGGCGGUGCUUUCUGGAGUGCCUUUUGGCCAUGUCCGCUGGGCGAUGGCACCAACUUCAGCGACGAAAGAUAUCACGACAUCGUCAAAUCUACACUUGGCCAACUUGAUCUCUUCCAUCGCCUAGGCCAAUCCUAUCCAAAGUACUUCACGCCUCCCAAGGAUAGUGCAGCCGCAGAAGCCGCGUUCAAAUCCGGCUCCUUCAUUGCCCCAGCCGCCAUUGAAGGUCUCCAUCAAAUCGGCAACUCAGUCUCCACACUACGUCUCUACCACCAGCUAGGCAUCCGUUACGCAACACUGACUUGGAAUUGUCACAACAAGUACGCCGAUGCCGCCGUGGAAACAGGAUCCGACUUCAGCGCUCACGUCGCAACACCAUUGUGGCACGGUCUGAGCCCUGAAGGCCGGAAUUUGAUCAAAGAGAUGAAUCGCAUGGGCAUGCUCGUUGAUCUUGCACACGUCAGUCAUGAUACCAUGCGAGAUGUCCUCGUCGGCAAGCCUGAUGGCAGCGCGGGGAAUUGGACAGGUAGCAUUGCACCCCCGAUUUUCAGCCACAGCUCCGCAUACGCAAUCUGUCCGCACCCUAGGAAUGUUCCGGAUGAUGUCCUUCAGAUGGUCAAGCAGCGUAAUUCAGUGGUCAUGGUAAACUUCAAUCCCGAGUUCAUCUCCUGCGUUCCCGGCAAGACGCCAGACGGCUUUCCGGAAUUCGUACCAGCGAAUAACACUUUGAUGCAGGUCGUGAGGCAUAUUCGGCAUAUUGGGGACUUGAUUGGGUAUGAUCAUGUUGGAAUCGGUUCAGACUAUGAUGGUAUUGAAGCUACGCCUACGGGGUUGGAGGAUGUGUCCAAAUUUCCCGAGCUCAUUGCUGAGCUACUGCGCCAGGGGAUAAGCGAUGAAGACGCAGCGCGGAUUGCCGGUGGUAAUCUGUUAAGGGUAUGGAAAGAAGCGGAUGAGGUAUCAAAGGAGCUGCAGAAAUAUAUGCUGCCUUUAGAGGAUGAUUUACAGCCUAAGUGGUAA